UCACAGACUACGUCGUCGGUAAGGACAUUUCCGUAAUUCCACUCACUAAAAUAAAUUAAAUAAUUCCUCUCCUUCUGUCUCCUCCAUUAAUAACCAAUCAUAAACAUUCAAUUAUCAUCAAGUAAAUAAAAAAAAAGAAGAAAAUUUAAUUAUAUCUGAAAAAAAAAAAUCUCUCAAGCUUGAAUGCGACGCAUUUUCAAAAAAAAAAAACAAAACCUCUUUUUUUCUUUUUCUUUGUAGAUUUAAAAAAUCUGCUCUUGAAGGAAGAUUGAUUGAUUGAUCAAUUGAUGGAACUUGUCCCGUUCGAUUCGGAGACAAAAUCACCAGAAAACCUCCCGUGGCAAGACAUGUUCCGCUCCGCCUCAUCUCGUAAACCUCAAGACCCAUCUUCUUCCUCUUCUCCUCCUCCUUCAACCGUCGAUGGAGGAGCAUCAAGCAACCCAUCUCUCUCCUCCGUCGAUUCCCAAGCCCGUCUCGCCAUAUACAUCGCCAUGGCCCACGCCGGUCUCGCCUUCGCGAUCUUCGUCCUCUACUUCGUCGGCAAGCUCUUACAAGAAUAUCUCCGGCCGAUCCAAUGGGCGAUCCUCUGCUCCAUCCCCCUGCGAGGCAUCCAAGAAACCCUCGUCGAUUUCUGGAGCGAGCCCUUGAAAUUAGGUCUCACCGAAGUCAUCCUCGCCGUCCCCGUCUGGAUCUUCAACGUCUUCAUCGGGUCCCUUGUUGAUGUUAAAAACGUCUGCUUUAGGGUUUUUCUGCGGAGGUCGAAGCCUAAGAGGAAUAAUAGGAAGAGGACCGGUGGGUUUUCUAGGUUGGUUAAGUGGUUAGUUUCCUUUGGUGUGUUUGUUAUUGCUUAUGAGAGGAUUGGUGCUAUUGGGUCUCUUGUGAUUCUCUCUUUAGGGUUUCUGUUUAGUUCCAAGAACGUGGACUCGACUUUGUCUGCUGUGUCUUCUUUGAGGAGUAAUAGCUUUAGGAGGAGUCAUUUCACUGCUUAUUUCACUAGAGGGAUCAUGACGAGGUUGAAUACUAUCGUUGCUAUUGGUUUGAUUGUGUUGAUGAUUCUUGGCUCCUUGACUGGUGUUAUCUUCUUCUCUUAUAAGAUUGGGGUUGAAGGGAAGGAUGCUGUUUAUUCUUUGAAGUCUCAUGUGGAAGAGAGUAAUUACGCUGAGAAGAUUGGGAUUAAGCAGUGGAUGGAUGAGAAUGAUGUGCCUGGGAUGGUUGAUAUGUACUCCACGAAGCUUUACGAGACGGUCUCUGAGCAGAUUGAUAGUUUGGCUAUGCAGUAUAACAUGACGGAGUUGGUUACGGGGAUUAAGCAUUUCGUGAUUGGGCAUCCUCAGAACACGUCUACGCCGUCUACUGCGCUUAUAGCUCCGUCUCUUUACACUGAGAAGCUUAUGAGUUUGAGGAAUCGGGUUAAGAAUCGAGAGUGGAGUCAGAUAUAUUCUGAGGUUGAUGUGAUUUUCAGGGAGCUUAUUAUCACUAGAGAGGAUUUAGUUGAGAAGGCUAAAGGGUUUGCUGUUAAAGGGAUGGAUGUUUCGCAACGGGUGUUCUCAAGCAGUGCUUCUGUUGUUGGAGGCGGUGCUAAGUUUGUUUUCUCUAUAGGAACCUCUAUAAUCUCUGGAGCGGCGGAGUUUUUCAACUUUGUGUCUCAGUUAAUGGUUUUCAUUUGGGUUUUGUACAUUCUCAUCUCGUCGGAAUCAGGUGGUGUGACUGAGCAAGUCAUGAACAUGCUUCCCAUCAACGCAGCUGCUAGAGAAAGAUGCGUUGAAGUUUUAGACUUGGCUAUCUCUGGGGUGCUUUUAGCUACAGCGGAGAUUGCCUUCUUCCAAGGAUGUCUCACUUGGCUGUUGUUUAGACUAUACAAUAUACAUUUCCUCUACAUGUCGACGGUUUUGGCCUUUAUCAGCGCUCUGUUACCGAUUUUCCCUUACUGGUUCGCCACGAUUCCAGCGGCAUUGCAGCUUGUGUUAGAAGGAAGAUACAUUGUUGCAGUGACUUUGUCAGUGACGCAUCUAGUGUUGAUGGAGUAUGGUGCUUCGGAGAUUCAGGAUGACAUUCCAGGGUCUAAUGCUUACCUUACUGGACUGAGCAUUAUUGGUGGAGUGACCCUGUUUCCUUCUGCUCUCGAGGGAGCGAUAAUGGGACCGUUGAUAACGACGGUGGUGAUUGCAUUGAAGGAUCUAUAUGCAGAGUUUGUGUUGAAUGAUCCGAAGAAGAUUGAUUAGCUGGUAUUGGUUUCCUUUAAUAGGGAGCUUCAAGUGCUUCUGCCAUAGCUGCUUUGUAUUGGAAGAAGAAUCAUGUAGAUUAGUAGAGAGAGAGAGGGGGAGUCCAUAUUGUUGAUUGUUUGAGAUUUGUUUUGGAAUGUAAUUUGUUAU